AGGGCCUCAAAGGUAGAGGCAGAGAGAUUACUAUUGUACUGGACGGUUGAGCGGUCACAUCGUCGAGUAGAUAUACAUAUACCUACUUCUGAAACCUCGUAUACUUUCUUCCUGUUCAGUUUUGUAAAAUUGAAGUUUUCUUAUAAAUACUGAAUCCAGAAUGGCUCAACCAAUAAUUACCAUUUCAAAAAUUUUCUUAUUAAUGGCAGCCAGUGCCAUUGUUCCCAUAUCUUGUGGUGUUAUUAAAAAUGAUUCACUUAGUUCAGGUCAAAUUAUGGAAGACGUAAUAAGUCUUGACCAAGCUAUUUUCAAUAAUGAUAGAAAACAAAUAAUUGAUAUCUUUAUAAGAAAAUACCGCGACAAUCGAUUUUCGCUAGUCAAUGCUUAUAAUAAAAGGUUUCGAGAAGGUCUGACCGUUAAUUUCCAACAAGGAAUAACCCAUGAUUUUGCAAAUCUCAUGGCAGUUUUGGCAAUUGAUCCAUUAGAUUACAAUGUAAUUGAAAUUUUUAGGACUUGGGAUGGGUUUUAUGAUCUCGAUUACUCUGCUUUUCCUGAAAUUCUGCCAUUUCACAAUAUCACGAGUAUUAUUGCGAAAUACCGAAGUAUUUAUAGAUAUGUGAUGAGUUUAGAGCUUAGGGAAUUAACUCAUCCAGGAGUAACACGUUCUGAAAAACUGCUUUCGUAUUUAUCCAAGGGAUAUACUGAAGGAUUUCCAAAGGAUCAGAGUCAAUAUUAUGCUGAUCUUUUACCUGUUCAAAUAAACAAUCCCCGUCAUUUUACCCGUUUAAUUGUGUUGAGUUUGAAUGAUGGAAUCUUGGAUCGGGUCAAAGAAUCCUACGAACAGUCGCAUCUCGAAUCAAUUGAGAAUCUAUUAAAUAGAAUUUCUGAAAAAUAUUACCGCGAGGCCGUUUUAGCUAUUUUCAAUAUUUAAAAGAUCAUACGGAAGGGCGGAAAUGAGGAGUGAAGGACAAAAAUAGUAGCAGGCUAUUUGAUGAUUAGCAAUUGUGC